UCGGAGCUCCCUCUGCCUCUCUCCUCCUCUCUGCAUCUGCUGGUCGCUCUUUCCCAUCAACCUUCCCGUGUGGACUCUUGUGAGGCGUCUUCCUCAGAACAUCUGCAACAGCUUUUCACCUGAAGCAAUACAACCUUCCUUAUUGUUCCUCUAAAGCCUGUGACAUACUGAGACCUAACUGUCACCAUGGAGGCCAUCAAGAAGAAGAUGCAGAUGCUGAAGUUAGACAAGGAGAACGCCAUCGACAGGGCAGAACAGGCCGAAUCCGACAAGAAGGUGGCGGAGGACAAAUGCAAGCAGCUGGAGGAUGAGCUGCUCGCUCUGCAGAAGAAGCUAAAGGGAACAGAGGAUGAGCUUGACAAGUACUCGGAGGCCCUGAAGGACGCUCAGGAGAAACUGGAACUUUCGGAGAAGAAGGCCGCAGAUGCGGAAGGCGAUGUGGCAUCUUUGAACCGCAGGAUCCAGCUGGUGGAGGAGGAGUUGGACCGCGCUCAGGAGCGACUGGCCACAGCCCUACAGAAACUGGAGGAGGCUGAGAAGGCUGCAGAUGAGAGCGAACGAGGCAUGAAGGUGACUGAGAACAGAGCGAUGAAAGACGAGGAGAAGAUGGAGAUCCAGGAGAUGCAACUCAAAGAAGCGAAACACAUCGCUGAGGAGGCGGAUCGCAAAUACGAGGAGGUUGCCCGUAAACUGGUCAUCCUCGAGAGUGAGCUGGAGAGAGCGGAGGAGAGGGCAGAAAUUGCAGAACUCAAGUGUGCCGACCUGGAAGAAGAGCUGAAGAACGUCACCAACAACCUCAAGUCCCUCGAGGCUCAGUCUGAUAAGUACUCUGAGAAAGAAGACAAAUAUGAGGAGGAGAUUAAAGUCCUGAGUGACAGACUUAAGGAGGCGGAAACCCGCGCAGAGUUUGCAGAGCGGUCAGUGGCUAAGCUGGAAAAGACCGUAGAUGACUUAGAAGAGAACCUAUCGAAAGAAAAAGAGCAAAACGUAGGAAUGCAUCGAGUCCUGGACCAAACACUGCAAGAGCUGAAUAGCUUGUAAAAUGCCAAGAAGAACAUCAAACAAAUAAAAAAGCAAACAUUUGUUUUACAAAAGAUCUUUUCUACAUGCCAUCUAUUCUCUGUAAUUGUUCACUCUUAAUCCUGGAUAUUAAAACAAAUGUUCCCCAUUUAUAUAUUUAUGUUUCUUUUCCUUUUUUAAAAUGGUUUUGGGUCCAAUGCUGGAAAUUGUGUUGUAGACUGAAUUCUGAGCACAAAUAAAACUGAUGAUGAUGCAA